AUGUUCUCCCGCAAUAAGGACCCCUCCCACCACUCAUCGCUAACCGGCCUCCGGUCGCGGUUCAAGUCCAGCAUGUCCUCCUCCGCCAAGAUCCGCUCCUCCGAGGGCUGCUGGACGUGUCGCCUCCGCCGCAAGAAGUGCGACGAGGCCCGUCCCGUCUGCGACGGAUGCGCGCAGCUGGAAAUCACAUGCCACUACUCGGAAACCAAACCCGACUGGAUGGACGGCGGCGAGCGCCAGAAGGAGAUGUCGGACUACCUCAAGAAGCAGGUCAAGGUCCAGGCCAACAACCGCCGCGAGCGCAAGUAUCUCCAGGGCCUCGACGUCGAGGGAGGCGGCGGCAGACAUGAAGACUCGGACAGCGAGCAUGUGCCUUCGGUCCCCGCCCUCAGCGCCGACGGGGGUUCGUCAAAGGAGACCAACUCGACGAGUCCGUCCACGGUCCACGACACCCCCGGAGACGCCUCCAGCCCGGCGUUCCACAUGGAGACGGUCAAGUCCUCCAUCUCCGAGAUCGCCCCGGCCGCCGCCUCUCCCCCGAACCAGGCGGCCCGGCAGCACACCCCGGACUGGUCCAACAACAACCCCAGCCCGGGAUCGGGGUCGUGGACGCAGCCGGCCGCCGCCGCCGCCGCCGUCCCGGACACAAACCCCACCAACCCGUUCCCGGACGACGCCAACCUCGGCUUCAUCAUGAUCUACCUCGACUACGUCUUCCCCUUCCUCUUCCCCUUCUACAAGCCCGCCCUCCUCGAAGGCGGCCGCGGCUGGCUCCUCAACGUCCUCAACCACAACAAGGCCCUCUACCACACCGCCCUCAGCCUCUCCUCCCACUUCUUCGGCGUCGUCCUCAACGGCGCCCAGGUCGAGCACACCCCCUGCCGCAUCCGGAGCGUCGCCAGCCUCCAGCACCAGCUCGACCUCGCCCUCAAGGAGCUCCGCGCCGACAUGGCCGCCAUCAGCGAGGCCGGCGUCGCCGGCCACCUCCAGCAGUCCUGCCGCGUCCUCGAGUCCAUCGUCCAGCUCCUCGUCUUCGACGUCACCCUCGCCUCCAACGACCACUGGCAGAUGCACCUCGACGCCGCCACCAUCGUCUUCCAGCAGAUCCUCCCCCGCCCGGACGACUGGGACCCCACGAUGCUGCAGAUGGCCAUCCCCCUCCUCCAGGGCGUCCACUUCCCCCCGGGCUCCCACAAGCCCUGGAGCUCCGACCAGGCCGCCCUCCGCUUCUUCACCGCCUCCCUGCUCUACUUCGACAUCAUCUCCUCCACCGCCCUCGAGCGGCCCCCGCGGCUGCAGGGCUACCACCACUACCUCCUCAGCCCCCGCAAGGAGGACUGCCUCGAGCUCGAGCCCCGGCUGCGGCUGGAGGAGUACUUCGGCUGCCAGAGCUGGGUCCUCCAGCUCAUCGGCGAGAUCGCCGCCCUCGACGCCUGGAAGAAGGAGACCCGCCGCGCCGGCUCCCUCUCCAUGACGCACCUCGUCUCCCGCGCCGGCUGCCUCGAGUUCGCCCUCCGCGAGGGCAUCGCCUGCAUGGAUAACCAGUGCCCGCAGCUCCUGGGCUCCAGCGACCUUGCCUGCCGCGCCGGCGCCUGCGGCAUGACCACCGACUACCCGCCGCCGCACCCGACGCACGCCGACACGACGCGGCUCCCGCCGGACCCCCUCACGCUCUAUCAGGACGCGCAGACGCGGGACACCACCGAGGCGUCGCGGAUCCACACCAAGAUCUGGGCCUACGCGGCGCUGACGUACCUCUCGACCGUCGUCUCGGGCUGGCAGCCGGGCUGUCCCGAGACGGCGAGCAGCGUGACGGCGACGAUCGAGCUGCUCAACUCGCUGCACAGCCCCGUGUGCCUGCGCACCGUCGUGUGGCCGUUCUGCGUCAUCGGGUGCCUGGCCACGCCGGUGCAGGAGCACAUGUUCCGCGAGAUGGUGGUGAAGCUGGGCGCGCUCGAGGUGUUCGGGUCCAUCGGGUCCGCGCUGGGCGUCAUGGAGAACGUGUGGGCGAGGAGGGAGUCCAUCGACGAGACGUGGGAUCUCGCGGCGUGCUUCAAGGUCCUCGGCCACCCCGUGCUCCUGACGUGA